CCGAGGAAGGAGGCGGAGGAAGGAGUGCUGGAAGUGGGGGAUGCUUGUUAUGGCUGUCAAACCUGUGGCGGUCAAAAUAAAACCUUUUAUUCACGUCGGACUGACGGGAGUCGUUUUGCAACAUGUACACUGCAGCUAUUGCGGUGUGGCCGGUGAUAGUGGUCACCAUCCUCUCGAGGUCGCAUGCGGACCGGAACGUCUACCCGUCUGCAGGUGUGCUGUUUGUUCAUGUCCUGGAGAGGGAAUAUUUCAAAGGAGAGUUCCCUCCCUACCCAAAAUCAGGCGAUGCUGGCAAUGACCCCAUCACUUUCAACACCAACUUGAUGGGCUACCCUGACAGGCCGGGCUGGCUACGCUACAUCCAGCGGACUCCUCACAGUGAUGGGGUGCUCUAUGGCUCCCCCACUGCUGAGCUGGUUGGCAAGCCCACCAUCAUAGAGAUUACCGCCUAUAACAGACGCACUUUUGAGACAGCGCGGCAUAACUUGGUCAUAAACAUCAUGUCUACAGAAGAGUUCCCCCUCCAAUACCAGGCAGAGUUCUAUAUCAAGAACAUGAAUGUGGAGGAGAUGCUGGCCAGUGAGGUGUUGGGGGACUUUCUGGGGGCUGUGAAGAACGUAUGGCAACCCGAGCGCCUAAAUGCGAUCAACAUCACCUCAGCACUUGACCGCGGCGGGCGCGUGCCUCUGCCUAUCGACGAUCUCAAGGAGGGGGUAUAUGUAAUGGUGGGUGCUGAUGUUCCCUUCUCGUCUUGCCUACGGGAGGUGGAAAGCCCCCACAACCAGCUGCGAUGCAGCCAGGAGAUGGAGCCCGUUAUCAGCUGUGACAAGAAGUUCAGAGCGCAGUUCCACAUUGACUGGUGUAAAAUCUCCCUGGUUGAUAUUGCUAAGGUGGUGAUGGUGCAUAAUAACCGCCCUGACCUGGGCACUGGAGUCCUGCCUGAAAUUGGGGAGUACAAACCCCCGUCUGAGUCACUGAAGAGCCGGGACUACUUUUACGACUUCCUCGUCACGCUGGCAGUUCCCUCCGCCGUGGCGGUGGUUCUAUUCUUCAUCCUUGGUUAUUCCAUGUGCUGCAGAAGGGAAGGGGUGGAAAAAAGAAACAUGCAAACACCAGCCAUCCAGCUGGUUCACCAUAGCUCCAUCCAGAAGUCCUCCAAAGAGCUGAGGAGUAUGUCUAAGAAUCGGGAGAUCUCCUGGCCCCUCUCCACCCUGCCCGUCUUCAACCCUGUAAGCGGCGAAGUGGUGCCACCCAUCCACCCCGACAACUACGAGACCACCAGCAUGCCUCUCAUGCAGACACAGACGAACCUGCAAAACCAGAUUACAAUACCCCAACAACGGCCACAAGGUAAAUGGUAUUCCUGAGGAGAGAAAGGUGGCCGAAGCUAUCAACUUGUGACCUGAAACCAGCUUUGGAGCUGAUUUCACCUGCCCACUUAAAAUUUUUUUAUCUUACAUUUGUGCCAAUCUGCAUGCCUCAAAGGUGUCCAAAUAUAUUAAUAGUGUCCAUGUGCACUUUUUGUAUUUAGCAUCUAGGACAAAUCAGUGUGUGCGUGUGUGUGUGUGUGUGUGUGUGUGGGUGAGAGAGAGGCUGAAGUAGAGAACAGAAGAGCCCUAAAGUAACAAUAAAAUAUUUUGAACUAUUUUGUGUAAAUGAUCCGAUAUUAUUAACGUUUGUACUUAUACUUGCCUUGGAUUGCACAACAGUCCUCUAAGAAAAGGGAUCACGACAGGGAGGUGCUUUAGUUGUCAUGUGUGAUUAAGGAUGUGUAACAAUGUCACAUGAUAACAGUAAAUCAUUUUUCAAGUAAUUUUUAUAAGUACUUGUGUCCUACAAAAAACAAAAACGAGUUAAUAAAUAUCUUACA